GAGUUGUGUUGGCGCUGCAGGGCUAAUGAGUUAGAAAUAGGGAAAAUAUAUGAAACUAGUAAGGACAGGUAAUAAUGACUGUAUGCGUGGAAGCAGACUGAAAGGGUAUCUGCCAUUUUUAGGUAGACGCUUUUUAGAGUAGAGCAGGAUUUUAGGAUUAUUAUUGCACAGGUUGCAUAUAGAAAAUACUUUACUUGCAAAUUGGAAAACAGAAUACUGGAAAUGCUGUUGUCCUAAACUGCUGGGAGUGCCGUAGGUAAGUGACUCAUUUCUGAUCUGAAUGGUAACUGCAGCUGUUUUCUUCUCCCACUUUGCUUUCAGAGGCUUGAACAAACCGCUCUGCAGGAUGUUGGAAUUCCUGAAGCAGCCUGUUGUGGUCACUGCAGAGAUCAAUGUGAAUCUGGUGGCUCUGACUGUGAUGGGAUUAGUAAACCGGCUCUGGGCGCUCUCCUACCCACGGGCUGUGGUUUUUGAUGAAGUUUACUAUGGCCAGUUUGUGUCUCUGUACAUGAAGCGGAUCUUUUUUGUGGAUGAUAGUGGCCCGCCAUUUGGCCACAUGCUGCUAGCUUUUGGAGGUUACUUAGGAGGCUUUGAUGGAAACUUCUUGUGGAACAGAAUUGGGGCUGAGUACAGUAUGAACGUACCAGUUUGGUCCUUGCGACUGCUGCCAGCGCUAUCUGGUGCCCUGUGUGUGCCUUUAGCGUAUCAGAUUUUGGUAGAGUUGCACUUCUCCCAUUGUGCCGCGUUUGGAGCGGCCCUCCUGAUCCUCUUUGAGAACUCUCUGAUCACUCAAUCCAGGCUGAUGCUCUUGGAAUCAGUACUAAUCUUUUUUGUCCUGCUUGCAAUUUUGUCCUACCUGAAGUUCUACAAUUUACAGAAGUGCAGCCCCUUCACUGCAGGCUGGUGGUUUUGGCUUUUGCUGACUGGAGUUGCUUGUUCCUGUGCAGUUGGGGUAAAAUACAUGGGGCUUUUCACCUACAUGCUGCUCUUGGCCAUCGCUGGAGUCCACUCCUGGCACUUGAUAGGAGACCAGACCUUGUCAAAUGUUUCUGUGUUGUGCCAUUUGCUAGCGAGGGGACUAGCUCUAGUAGUCAUCCCAGUAGCAAUGUACCUGUCUUUCUUCUACGUUCACUUGACUUUGCUAUACCGCUCAGGACCUCAUGACCAGAUUAUGACCAGUGCUUUCCAGGCCAGUCUGGAGGGCGGACUAGCUCGGAUCACACAGGGCCAGCCCCUUGAGGUAGCCUAUGGCUCCCAGAUUACCCUGCGGAAUGUUUUAGGCAAACCUAUGCCAUGCUGGCUCCAUUCUCACAAGAACACUUAUCCCAUCAGGUACGAGAAUGGCCGAGGCAGCUCCCACCAGCAGCAGGUGACUUGUUACCCCUUCAAGGAUGUCAAUAACUGGUGGAUCGUUAAGGAUCCUGGGAUGCAGCAGCUGGUGGUGAGUAACCCACCACGUCCCGUCCGACAUGGGCAUAUUGUGCAACUGGUCCACGGCAUCACAACUCGUUACCUCAACACACAUGAUGUUGCUGCACCUCUGAGCCCACACUCCCAGGAAAUCUCCUGUUACGUUGAUUACAACAUCUCCAUGCCAGCACAGAGCCUCUGGAGAGUGGAAAUUGUAAAUCGGGAAUCGGACACAGACGUGUGGAAGACCAUUUUAUCUGAAGUAAGGUUUGUCCAUGUGAAUACCUCAGCAGUGCUGAAGCUCAGUGGUGCAUCUCUACCUGAGUGGGGCUACCGGCAGCUGGAGAUCAUUGGGGAGAAGUUGUCCAAAGGGUAUCACCAGAGCAUGCUGUGGAAUGUGGAGGAGCACAGAUAUGGGAAAAGCCAAGAGCAGAAGGAGAGGGAAGUGGAGCUGCACUCACCCACGCAGGCUGACAUCAGCAAAAACCUCAGUUUCAUGGCCAGAUUCACAGAACUGCAGUGGAAGAUACUAACGUUGAAAAAUGAAGACACAGAACAUAAGUAUAGCUCCUCCCCCCUAGACUGGAUCACUAUGGAUACAAACAUCGCUUACUGGUUCCACCCUAUCUCUGGUGCUCAGAUCCACCUCAUUGGGAAUGUUCUCACCUGGGCUUCAGCUAAUGUUGCAACUCUUGUAUACGUGUGUCUGUUCCUGUGGUAUUUGCUUCGACGACGGAGGAAGAUUUGUGACAUCCCUGAAGAUGCAUGGGGGCUCUGGGUAUCAGCUGGAGGACUCUGCGUGGGAGGCUGGGCUGUGAAUUACCUUCCCUUUUUUAUGAUGGAGAAGACACUUUUUCUGUACCACUACCUGCCUGCUCUCACUUUCCAAAUUCUCCUGAUUCCUGUUGUACUGCAGCAUCUGACUGAUCACCUCUGCAGAUCCCAACUCCGUAAGAGCGUGUUCAGUGCCUUGAUGGUAGCCUGGUUCUCUUCCAUUUAUCUGGUCUAUCGCACAUUCAGCCCACUGACCUAUGGGGAGCCUACCCUCUCAGCAGCUGAGCUCAGGGCCCUGCGCUGGAAGGAGAGCUGGGACAUCUUGAUCCGCAAACAGUAGUGGAGCCAGUCAAGAUAGAACUGAUCAUGCUUACAAGUAACUCUGCUCUCAUUUCUUGAUAGGGGCUCAAGGUAAAAAGCCUUAUAAUUUAGGUUGGCAAGAAUUCAGUCCCCAUAAGGCAGAUGAUGUAAUGGCAAGACUCAGUUUUUGUUCUGCUCUAUAGUAUUGUUCUACACAAUGCAGCUAACCUACAGGUGCCUAGACUCAUCUUGAGAGAGUUUUUACUAUAGCACUUCCUCAUGUUUUUAACCACCAGCCUGCUGCUCAAGGCUGCCACCUUUGGAGGGAAGAGACUCAUACCUGACGCGAUGCAUUCAGGGGAGACCCUAGUGACACUUCACUGAAGCUUUAACUAACAGCCUCCACACACAGCUCACUAGUGCCCACAGCCAUAUGGCUGAGAGGAGAUUACACAGGGAUUUGUUUGCUCAUUCCUGCUCCCCUUGCUGUUUAGACACCCCUUUUGGGCUUUUUCUUUAAUGCUCCUAGUGAGUAUGUCUGUGCUGGGGGGAGGAGGGGUGUAUGAAAAUGGUUACAUUCAUGUGGCUGUUGUUUCUUCAUUGGUUUAUUAAUUAAAGCAGCACAACCACUUGAGUCUGAACUUUUUUCAUCUCUUAUAAAAGCAAAGCCUUUUUCAACAAUAACCAAUUCUUCCUGCUAAUCUUAAGCCUGCAUUUACAGAGUAUACAUGACAGAUGGUAGGUACCAAUUCGUGUUUGAUGUUAGGAUACCACCCUAUGCUUUGCUGGAACUACUCAUGGGCUGAAUGCCUGAGCUUUAACAUGGCUUUGGGGAAGGAAUGAGAACUACAAACCAUGUCCGCACCCAGUCAGUACUGAAGUGUCCUCCAAGGUCAGCCUAUGCUACAUGGAGUGUAGCUCGGCUAGUAACAAAACACCUCAACUAGAUGAUGGAGCCCUACUGCUGCUUUGUAAGUUGCCCAAGAGAAGCCUAAUUUUCCUCAGCCCUGAGUAAAAUAGACUUCUCUGCAGUUUGCCAAUAAGAGAUCAGUCCUCUUCUCCACAGGUCUGGCAUUGCCAUGGACAGAAGGGAAAGCUGGGAAUCUGUACCUGCUUCUUUAAAAACAAGGCUCUUUGCUGCUUCUCACUUGGAGCAAAGAUCUGUUUUCCUGGCAGCCAACCUUGCUGCUAGGGAAAAAGCACCAUGAGCGGAGAUAAAGUAUCCUGUAGCCCACUGGGUUUACAGCACACAAUGCCAUCUAAGACCAGGGGCAGGGUCAAUAGUCCAGCUUCUUCCUCUCCUCUGUGAGAAGACACACGCCUACCUCUUAAUAACAUGCUGUGGGCAUGUCACAAACCAGUUUGUUAAAAAGGUUGGUGUGGAACAGAGGUGGCAACUUCGGACCACAACCUGGUUAGUGGGGACGGCUGCUGGACUCCAGAUGAGAUCGUUUGCUAGCUGCCAGCAUGGUGCUGCCCUCUGCUUGCUCAGGGAACGAUCGCUUGUAUGUCCGACCAUGCCCAUUCAUCGCCCCUCGCUGCCACUUGCAGAUGUCUCCAUUCAAAAUGUCCUGGAUGUGCUGCACAAUGAGGUUUAUAGCAACUGCAAAAAGAACAGACACCUGCUCAAAAAAAAAAUAGUGGAACAAACAGCCCAGUCUGAUUCAGUGUGUGAACCAGCUACUCGUCAUUGCAAUGCUGCUGCUUACAUUUGGAGCCACUGUAGUGGGAUCAAAUCCUAACAACAUAAUGCCAGUCUCUAAACCUAUAGUCCUGGUUCAAAAAAAGUCAGGGAUAAUCCAAUCAGAGUCUACCUACACUUUACAACAAUGUUCAGUAGGAGAAUUUGGGGAAUCUGACUUCAUGUGCAGAAUUCUAUUAAACGUCCCUUACCCAUAUUGUCGACUCCACGAGGAAUAAUCACAUCAGCAUACUUCUUUGUCUGCAAAUAAGAAACAACAGUAGGGCUUGGCUUUUCACAAUAAUUACCACUAUCCCCAGAUUUGAAAAAGGAGCCCACAACUGCACUCCUCUAUUGUAGUGGUAUCUAUAAGUCUGUUUGAUCAACUGAAUGUUACUAUCUAUCUUCUGAAUUUUGUAGUGGUGACUGCGGUUGCGAAUAGUUGCCUCUAUACUAAAAGCACUCAAGACAUUCCUCUCAUACUACUCCAGUGACCUGAGGCUGAUGUUACCUUCAUUGAGCCUCUUUUUCAGCAUAGCUUGACUCUCUGCAACAAAAGCAGGUCAGUCCAGUUAGAAUUGGUUCUAAUCAGAACACCACAAGCUGCUUGUAAAUCUUUAAGUUGCUGCCUGUCUCUGAUCCUUCUAUGACCUCUACUUUUUAUAAAAAGGAAGUUCCUAGUAGGGAUGCUGAUCUUUCUACUGCACUUACAGGAUUUACCUUAAAGACCAGACCUCCUGCUAGAUCAAAGUAAAAAUAGUUGUUUUUCAUUCUUAAGCAUUAACAAAUUUAUUUAUAUGGUCACCUAAACUGGCAGCCUCCUUCUUUCCUGUACAAUUACAUGCAGGAGGGAAGGGGAGCAUUGCCCCUAGGUCAUACUGCAGUGGUCGAAGUCAAGAGAAACCAAUUUUUAUUACAUACAUGAGAGGCUGGGCAUGUCAGCCAGAAUACCCAUGGCAGUAAUCAGUGAGAAAAGAAACCAUUCAUAUAGCACUGUAAGUACCCACUGCUUGUAAAGCAUCCUGGAAAACAACCAUGCCAUGUCUUUUGAGAGGGCAGCUCAGGUGAGAAGUAGGGAGGAGAGAUGGCACAUAGCCAAAGAGGACAUCCCAGGUGCAACAGACAUGUUUUUAUCUUCUAAACCAUUGAGUCACUCAGCAUAGGCCCUGUGUUACAAAGAUGUAUAAAAAGCACAAUAGUGGCAACACUUUGGGAAGGUUCCAACACUACAGUGCUGGGUAGGACCUCACAUCUGAGCCAAACUUAGCUACACGAAAUUGUUGUGUUGUCUGUAAUGAAAGGGAGACAGGCUGGAUGGCUCAAUAGUUUGUUUAAUAUCUAGAACUAAUUGUCAUGGGUUAAACUACUGGGAAUUUUAUUUUAAAUACAAUGCAAAGAUUAAAUCUGAACACUAGGAUCUUCACUAAUCAUUGCUUUUUGCGUCAAG